ACCCACUGGUGCAGACACUUCAUCUCAAAGCUUUCGGGCCUGCAGAGAAACUCGGCACAGUCGUGCCAUCUGAAGCAUUUGUUUCUCCCCUCUUUGUGGACAUCAUGCGCUGGAUGCUGGCUGGAUGCUGGGGCCUUCUUUUCAUCAGUCUGUCGGUCGCCCAAGACAAGAAACUGCAGAUCAAGCAGAAACCCCGCUACUAUGGAGUGACAGUGGGCAAAAAAGUGCUUCUGUACUGUCUGUCCUCAAACCAACAAUUCAAUUCCACUGUGACGUGGACGAAGGUCGAUAACUACAAUGACAAAAAGGUCCCUGUGGUGGAAGGUGACAACAUUAAAUUUGAAAGCAAACAUACUAUCAAAAAGGCUUUUCUGGAAAUCAGCAGAAUACAAGUACAGGACAGUGGGAUAUACUACUGCAGCAUCAAUACAAUAGAAGGACCUGGAACUCAAGUCAAUGUGACCAGAUCCAUUUCGAGUAAAACGGCGAUCUACAGGAGCAACGUGAAGGACGGGCUCAUCAUCUUCCAGGGCCUCCUGCUCGCUGUGUUCAUUGCCACUCUGCUGCUACGCAAACAGAAACUGCUGGAACAAAGAGACAGUGAAUACGAGGAGCCGGAAACUGAUCACAUCUAUGAGGGCUUGGCAAUCGAGACGUGCGGUGGAGGUCUGUAUGAGGAACUCAGUGUGUAUGCUCAGGCAGAGGGAGCUGAGGCCCCGUGGGAGUGAGACGCAACUACUUUUCACCUGCCACAGGAUCUCAACGAGGACUGACUAUAUGGUUUUAAUUAUGACUUGUAAAGUAAGUCCUUAAACAGUCGAAUGAAAAUGUGCCUUUUUCUCACAGCGCAAUAUAUGCUUUAUUUGUAAAUGUGCGGCAGCAUGCUUAUCCUAAAAUGCUUUUUUAUGUGAUGUUGUAGUUUUGAUUUAAUCUGUUGUCAUUUAGACCCAAAAUCUUUUUGGUGCUUCGGGUGAUGUUUAUUUAUGUUUAUUGUGUAUGAACUGGCCCUGUGAUAGGCCGGUCGAUCUGUCUGUCACAGGGUUUGGGUUGUGCCAGUGUCAGCUGGGACAGGCUCCACCCCCCCUCAUGAUCCUGAAUUAGAUGUGUCUUAAGGAGGUAGAGGGAUGGAUGACUUCAUGUAGUCAGAGUCAAAACAUCCAACUUGUUUUUGUUUUUUUCAGUUGCCUGUUUUUUAAGAUUAAAAACGUGUAUGUACUCAGUUUGUUUA